AUGUCUGGCGUCGAACACUCUACCUACUACGACCGUCGCCUGCGGCAGUCGCCGGCUCUGAUCCGUGCCCGCCGGCCAUACCUGGUCAAGAAUACGGUCCUGGGUCUGGGCAUUGUGGGGUUCACGCUGGGCGUGUAUGCCUACACCAUCCAUGUCGUCGGCCAGGACGAAUUUGACGACGUCCAGGUGCCCAGCGAGCCACAGCCGUCGAUCCAACAGCGCGUGCAGCAGCUGCAGCAGCAGUCGGCCGCAUUACAAGCGCCGGCACCGAUAGCCGGCAAAAAAUGA